GGAAGAGGCUCCACUCGUGCAGUAUGGGCGCGAGGCGCAGGUGAGCCAGCGCACACUCUGUACCUGUAAACAAAGAAAAAAAAUAAAGCAAACAUGGAAACGACAGCGACGAUGCAGUUUCACGGAUACCCGGCUUCAGCACGACUUUGGAGCAGGCUGGAGAUCAGUGUUUGAUCCAACAUCCUGAUACACACACACACAUACACGUUGUGGUGUUGCCAGGCACACUCUGCAGAGCUUACACAUGCAAUAAGCUAACCAACAAACACAGUGACCGAAGGACCGGGUCAAGCCAUCAUCCUCCAGUAUGGCGAGCCAGGACCCCGUCAACCCUUCACAUGCAACAUUUGACCUCUUCAUCCAAGCCCAGACAUGUAAGGAUGUGAAGCACCACUUUGCGACGCUCUGCAAACAACUUGACAUCAACCCUAAGGACUUCAGGAGCUUCUACCCCAAGUUAAAGGAACAACUGAACUACUGGAAGGCCAAAGCCCUGUGGACGAAGCUGGACAAGAGGGCGUCUCACACAGACUACAAGCAAGGAAAAGUCUGCACCAAAAACAAGUGUCUUGUGUUGGGUGCCGGGCCAUGUGGGCUGAGAACGGCCAUCGAGCUGUCCCUGCUGGGGGCUCAGGUGGUGGUGUUGGAGAAGAGAGAGUCUUUCUCCAGGAACAAUGUCCUCCACCUGUGGCCCUUCACCAUUUGCGACCUCCGCGCGCUCGCAGCCAAGAAGUUCUACGGCAAAUUCUGCACUGGCUCUCUGGAUCACAUCAGCAUCCGUCAGCUGCAGCUCAUUCUAUUGAAAGUGUCACUUCUCCUCGGGGUGGAGGUGCAUACCGGAGUGGAGUUUCAGGGCUUGAUCGAGCCCUCUGGAGAAAACGGUUGGAUGGCCAAGCUGCAGCCUGCGUCUCACCCUGCUUCAGCCUUCCAGUUUGACGUCUUCAUCUCUGCUGGAGGAGGCAGGUUUGUCCCUGAUGGUUUUAAACAUAAGGAGCUGAGAGGCAAGCUGGCUAUUGGCAUCACAGCCAACUUUGUCAACAGACACACGGCUGAAGAGGCCCAAGUCGCAGAGAUCAGUGGUGUGGCCCGCAUCUACAACCAGAAGUUUUUCCAAGAUCUGCUCACUGAGACGGGUAUUGAUUUGGAGAAUAUUGUCUACUACAAAGACGACACCCACUACUUUGUCAUGACUGCCAAGAAGAAGAGCUUGCUGAAGAAGGGGGUCAUUAAACAGGACUACAGUGAUGCUGACGAGCUGCUGGCUCCUGCAAAUGUGGAUCAUGAGGCUUUGUGCCACUAUGCCCAUGAUGCUGCAUACUUCUCUACCUGCGGCAAACUGCCUGACCUGCAGUUUGCUCAGAACCAUGAGAAGCCAGACGUGGCCAUGUUCGACUUCACCUGCAUGCACCGAGCUGAGAAUGCCUCUCUGGUCAGGGAGAGGAGGGGGAAGAAGCUGUUGAUGUGUCUUGUUGGAGAUUGCCUGGUAGAGCCUUUCUGGCCUCUGGGUACAGGGAUAGCCCGGGGGUUUCUAGCUUCUUUUGACACAGCGUGGAUGGUGAGGAGCUGGGGCAUGGGGGUCCCACAUCUCAAGAUCCUGGCUGAGCGAGAAAGUAUCUACCAGGUCCUGUCCCAGACCACACCAGAAAACACCAGCAAAAACUACACUGGUUACAGCAUCGACCCCAAAACGCGGUACACAAGAGUCAACCUCUCCUCCAUCCAGACCAACCAGGUGCAGCACCUAUACGAUGUUGAUAAAUUCAAUCCAGCGAGCAGCAAGAAACCGAAGAACAGGUUCAGUUACCUGCGUCAAGAUUCAGUCAGGGCUUUUGAAGAGUUGUUGAAAUGGUGCCAGAAACACACCGAGGGUUAUAAGAAUGUGAAUGUAAUAGAUUUUACUCAGUCCUGGAGGUCCGGGCUGGCUCUGUGCGCUCUGAUCCACCACUUCAGACCUCAGCUCAUUGACAUGUCCUCACUGAACGAGUCCAGUGCUGUUCACAACAACCAGCUGGCCUUCAGCGUCCUGGAGAAGGAGCUGGGCAUCCCUCCUGUCAUGUCUGCCAGUGACUUCACCAACAGUGGUCAGAUAGACAAGUUGUCCAUGGUCCUCUACCUCACACAGGUCCAAAGUGCCUUCACUGUGCCAGCCAAAGACCCUGCAGCCUUCCUGCCGUCGUCCAAGCCUCUGACUCUCUCCCAGACACAGUCAGCUGUCUUUUUCCUGAGCAAGCUGAAGCACAACUCUCUGCAAAGACGCAAGGAAAAGCUGGCAACUUUGAAAAGAGAAAGGGACACAAGGAUGGAAGAUGAGGACAGUACGGUUUUGCCUCCUGUGUCCCCUGAGAUCAGUCCUAGACUGGAUCCUGCUCUUGAACCUGAGCCUGAAACUGGUUCCGGUGUGUCGAUGACACACAGUGACGAGUGUUACUUCUGUGGUCAGAGGGUCUAUGUGCUUGAGCGCAUCAGUGCUGAGGGCAAGUUCUUCCAUCGGAGCUGCUUCACCUGCCAUCAGUGCGGCAUCACUCUCAGACUGGGAGGAUACACCUUUGACCAGACCACAGGGAGAUUUUACUGUGAGCUGCACUCUGAAGAACUGGUGCUGGGAAACGGGGCUGAAACAUCUUGUAAGGAGAGCGAAGGAAAGCACAAAGGGACAAGUGAAAAGAACAGGCUUUCCAGCGAUGAUUUUACACCAUCUCCAUCAGAUGAGGAGUAUGAGCACACUCUGGACUGUGGUCCCUCUGAUCGCUCACAGUCACAUAAACCUGGAGGACAGGAUAUACUUGAAUCCCAAGUACCACGUGGGUCAAAAACUUCUAUUGAUCCUCCAUCUGAAGCCGAGGCAGCAGCACCCACUGAGGAGGAGUCCGUGCCAUAUCCUGUCCCCAAGCCCCGCCUCUCUCAGCAGACCACACCCACCCAUCAGCCCUCUCCUCCAACAGCAAAACCUCGCACAAUCCAUCUUUUUAACCCCUUGACUCCUGAAAAACACUCCUCUCCAACCCCAACAAAAGAGAUAUCUAUGUUAGCACCAGAUUCCCGUCCAAAGCAGUCACUCCGAAAGCUUCAGCUGACUGAGGAGGAGAAAAGCCAACUCGUGAAUCUUCAGAGCCUCAGCGUGGACUCGGACUCCGAGACGCCCGGUGGAUCCUCCUCCUGCUCCUCUUCUUCAGCAAAUGCAGGAGGCCCGAGCCCUCCUAAACCAGAGGGGCUUGAUGGGCAAGAAGAGGAGGGCUACUGGAGUGGGAGCACCGCAAGUCACAUCCGGGAGAAUAGGAAUCGACGCUGUUUCAGGAGAAAAGAAAUGCCAAGUGGGCAGACCAGAGUACGAUCCAAGUUCUCCCCCUGGAAUCUCUCUUCCCCGAGGAUCAGCAGAGACACCCGGCUCAGUGUGCACAUUAAUCAUCCAGGGAGAGUGGAAACAACGUUCAGACAUGCUCACAACACCUCAGAAGAGGGUGUCGACGGAGAUGAAGAUGAUGAUGAUGACGACGAUGAUAUGUUUGAACAAGACGAUGUCGACUUAUUUGAUGAGAAAUUUCAGACCGUGCCACCAGAUCCUGUUGAAGCUGAGAAGAUGGAGUUGAUGAAGAUGAGGACGCUGGAGCGGCGAGCCAAGAUGAGUGAAUUACAGCGAUUGCGCAAAGCCCAGUCGCUCCAGAGGAGACUGGAGGAGAUCGAGGUGACCUUCAAGGAGUUGGAGGAUAAGGGUGUAGAGCUGGAGCGAACUCUGCGAGGAGAGGCUAGCAGCAACGGCUCUCCUGAAAUGAUCGAGCACUGGAUCCAGCUCGUCCACGAGAAGAACGCGCUGGUGUCUGAGGAGUCUGACCUCAUGGUGGCGUCUCGACAGCUGGAGCUCGAAGACAAGCAGAGCAUGUUGGAGUUGGAGCUCAGAAAAUUCAUGGAGAUGAAUGAUAAGACACCGGAACAGCAGAGAGAAGAAGACCGGGUCCUUCAACAGAUGAUCGACGUGGUAGACAUGAGGGACUCCUUGGUAUCGUUCCUAGAGGAGAAGAGGCUGAAGGAGAUCAGCGAGGAGCAGGAGGCCUUUUCCAUCAUGGAGGCCAAACGGCACUCGAAGGCAGGAGCUCAGGUUCACUGGGCAUAAGGCUUUUAACGCACACACAGCACGAACCUGUAUGUACUGUGCAGUAGAUGCCCUCACAUCUACUGUAUGUGAGGUUUGCUGCUUUCACACUUGAGACUUAACUUUUGCAAAGCCAAAGAUGAGACAGAGGUUGUUUUGCGGAGGGUAACCCACCACAGGUGGUCCCCUCUAGGGUAAGGAGUUGAGGCUUAUGGGCCAGAGUGGAUAUCAGUUGCAAUCCGCCCCCUAGAGGGAGACAUAAGCCCGGUGAUCUGAGGCUUUUGAGCUGCGGCAUCCAGUAACUCUCCGGCUGAGCCCUGGCUGAUGUGAUUCUGGAACCACAUAUGAAAAAAGGACCCACUCUGCUGCACUAUUGAACAACCACCACUCAGCAAAUAAUCGUUACCCAGCUUGGGACUUGGCCUGGUUUUGGUGUCGAAAACAUGUGACUCGAGUGCAGAGACAACACGAAGCAGCAUAAAGUGACAGCGGUGGGGCACCUGCGCUAUCUGGCUGUGGAGCCGGAGAGAUAGAUCGAGGUUGAAAGCACAGGAUGUUUUUGAAAAUACUUUGAUGUUCAUGUUGAUUUUCCAUCAUGAAUAAGUUCUGCUGUAUACAAUGACAUAAUAUACAUAUAAUUCUAUGUUUAGUAUUUGUAUAACUAAUAAAUUCUAGAAAUAUACUGAGAAAACAAAGAGGUAGUUAAAAUAUUAGAAUUAAUAAAUUCCGUUGUUAGUAUUGAUGAUUUUCCAGUUUACUUUUCAUUUAUGAAUUUUUGUAGCACUUCCUGCUGUUCACCACGUCCUUUUCCCAGAGCACGUUGGAUAGUUAAUCUCAGGGGUCGAUUGUUCAGUCCUCUUGGAUCAGAGCUGGGGUUUUUAACCUUUUUUUGCCUUCGACAGUUGGCUGCUCUUUAAGGGACGUUGUAUGAGGCGAACACUGGGGUAUCUGGGGCUCAACAGACUGGUUCAUCUAUUUAUAAAUGCUAUCUUUUUAUCAUUUUGCAGGUGUUCCUAUUCAUGUGCUAGCAGAAUAGCCAAAAUCGAGACAAAAAGACCGGUUUGUUGUUAGUAGAAAGAAAAAAAAAAGGAGCCUUAUACAUUCAUUGUUCUGCUGCCAUUUCGUGCCACCUGGACGGCACUUCACAGUAUAUCAAAUAAAGAUCAUGCACUUUGA